AUGUCUUUCAUACCCCUGGAGCACAAGGCUGCAGGCCAUGAGGGAGCGAUGCAAUCCGUUGACGGUUCACUGUUUAUAAAACCAGUUAGUAAACAAGAGCUAGAGUUCUAUACCACAAUGCAAGCUCAGAUGCAAAACGUUGACGAUGAAAUUGAGCUAGGAUCAAAGUUGUUCCAUUGGGUGCCUAUCUUUUAUGGAACAAUGUCUCCAGGAGUAAGUGAAGAACUCCGUGAGAAAAAUCCGGAAGUAAACAAAGAACUUCAAGACUCGCUGGAUUCCCAGCCAGACAGCGGUCAACAAUACUUGGUUCUCGAGAAUUUGGUAUACGGUUUCAAAAACCCGAGUGUUAUUGACAUUAAGCUUGGAAACGUUCUUUAUGACGAAAAUGCAACCGAAGAUAAGGUCGAACGAAUGAAGAAAGUUUCAAGCUCUACAACUUCAGGGUCUCUACAUUAUCGUAUUUGUGGAAUGAGAAUUGUCGAUUCAGGCAAAUCUUUAACAAAUUUUGAGGGCCCAGAUAUGAAAAAAGCGGCUCGCAAAGAUCACAAUCACCUGGUGUUUGAUAAAAACUUUGGAAAAGGAUUGACUCCUAACUCUGUCAAAGAUGCUUUGUUGCUAUUCUUCAGAGGAAACAAUCUUUCACCAAAGAGACAAGAGAUUGUUCUCGAGAAUACCAUACGUCGUUUGCAACUUCUUUAUAACUGUUUGCUCGAUUACGAGAUCAGGAUGGUUAGUGCAUCCCUACUGAUGAUUUAUGAAAAUGACGAAGGGCGUUGGGAAGAGCUUGAUAAUCAAGAUAUACUAAUAAAUGAGAUCGAAAUUGAUGAAGACUCCAGCGAGGAAUAUCUUCCCCGAGCAUUGAGUUUGCUGAGAUUAAUCGAUUUUGCUCACACGAAAUACACUCCUGGAAAAGGCAAUGAUGAAUCCAUAUUAACUGGUGUCAAAAACUUAUUAGGUGUGAUCCAAACGUUGUAA